AUGUAUCAAUGUCUUAAUUCAUCGAAAUAUAUUUCAAAAUAUCGUGUUCAUGAUGGUUUUAAUGAUUGUGAUUAUAAUGAUGACGAAAAUCCAGAUGUGCAUUAUGCUAGAAAACAUAUUUCAUUUGAAACAAUUUGUGAUGGUUUUACUGAACUAAUACCCGUAACUUUCAAUCAAAUAAAUGAAACCGAUGAAACAGAAUGUGAAUAUUGGCCAUGUAACAAUAUAUACACUCGUUGUAAUGGCUUCUGGAAUUGUUUUGAUGGAGUAGAUGAAAUUGAUUGUAAUUCAUCAUCAUUAUUAAACUGUUCUCCUCAUCAUCACCUAUGUGUGCCAUCUGUUACAAAUCAACUAAUACGUUUAUCCCUUGAAAAAACUAAUGAUGGAAAAAUUAAUUGUCUUGAUGCUACAGAUGAACCGAAACUAUGUCGUAGCAAUAAUUAUUUACCAAUAUCUUAUAAUUUUCAUCGUAGAAAUCAUCGUGAUCAAUCUUGUAUUGCUUUAAAAUACGUUUGUGAUCGCUUUGAACAAUGCACAUAUGGUGAUAAUGAACAAGUUUGUAGUAAUAAUUGGAAUUGGUCCACACCUUGGUACAAUGUUUGUGCCAACAAAAUGUAUAUCGGUUCGAACUGA